AUGGGACUAACAACCACUGAUUCCAAAGUGGAUAGAACAGAUUCAAGUUAUGGAACAGGCAUUGUCAACACACAAAUUUAUACUAUUGUUGACUACCACGGGCAACAAAUCUAUGUCUACAAGUCACUCUCAAAUGAUCCGAAAAACCUCAUCUACUAUUAUGUUCCAGUCAUGGUCCCAAAGAAGAAGCUAGACACCAGUUGGAUUUGGACUUCUGGUAAAGGCGAGCUACGUCUUAAUGUUAUGUUUGGAAAUGAUGAAAUUGACGAUAUGGCACGACACGAAAUUGUGAAAACAGGAGAAACUGGAAAAUUUAAAGUGGCUCCACUCAUCAUCGAUUCGUUUUCAGCCUUCAUUGUUAGUGCAAAUAAUAAGCCGGUGCCUGGUGUAAUCCCAUUUCGUAGAGUACAUCCUAGUGAUAAAACAAUGACAAUUAGAUUUGAGUGUUCAUCGGAGGUUACUGCUAACAAAGUCAUGUCAAGUGUCAUCGAUGGCGAUUACGAUAUAGAAUUUGCAUUUUUUUUUGCUGGUCUCAACAAAGUCUCAACAACUAUGAUAUCAAUUACUAGCAAUUCAUUAGAAAGUGUUCUGUCAAAAACAAAAGCUGACGGAGGAAAUACAAACGCAACUUAUAUUCAUAGAGAUCAGGCCAACAAAUUUGUUUCAGAUUAUUUGGCCAACGUUAGGAAGAUGAUUUACAAAGAAGAUCCAAAGUCGGACACAUCCAGUUUAACUGCUGGAUUAAAAGAACAAUUCGUUUCACUAAUGCAGCAAGGUCAGUAG